AUGAGUACGUUCGCGCUGCUGUUGGCUGCUGCUAUGGUUUGCCAUCACGGAACAAUGGGGAGAUCACCGCACGGCAUUCCACCUGCUGAGCGAACGGACAUUUCAGGUUCUGUACACCCAGAACGCGAGCUCGACGGGGUCCGGGGACAUUCCAAAGAGACAAGAGACGUCAAAGGUCCGAAUUCCUCAGACCAGCCGAACCUCUGCUUCUUCCUGAAGGACAGUGAAAUUGAGUCCUGCCGACUCCGAUUCGCACGGAAUAAAUUCAAUAUCAACCCGUUCGGACUCCGCUUCGGAAAGCGCGACUGGAGUAACCAGUCUGAAGCCAAAAAUACAAGACCCACAACCAGCAAGCUUCUCCCGUACCUAAUGUACCUUCGAGAGCCAGAGGUGCCCGUCUGA